AUGCCUGUUCGAAAAUCUGUCAGGGCCAGUCGAUCCAACGUCAAGUACAGCAAUGAUGUAUUCCACGGCCUCGACAUAUUCUCGUCGGAAUCCGAGAACGACGCGAUUGAAGAAGACGUAGCCGAGAUCACCGAAGAAGAUGAACCUUACGAUGUGACGAAAGAGGAGCAAGUUGCCGCAAGCGAAGAGGAGGACGAGUAUCAUUCUGAUGGCAUAGAGGAUGGUUCGGUUUCUGACGCAAGCGAAGGGAAGACGGAUGGACUGUCAAUCGAUGGAUCUAUUGGGUCCGGAGAGAAGAGGGAGGAGUCGAAGAUUUCAAGAAUGAGAAGAAAGGGUCGCUCUGGACUUUGGUUGCACGAUCGCCUAGGCAAAGGCGGUUCAAACGAGGAGGACGAACUCCACGUCCAGGGGCUACUCGAUCCUCGAAAAAACGGCUCUAGACAUUUGAAAAUCCUUCUUACUUGGGGCACUGGCGACGAGGACCUAGUAGCUUUGAACAAAGCGCGUGAUCAAUGGCACAACCAAUUCAUAUGGCCUCUCCGGCAAGAGUUACAUCAGAGCUUCUACUACUCGAUUGACCAACAGCGGCGGGAGGCAACCGAGGGCUGGCGAUGGUAUUAUGAAAGAGGAGGUGCAGAGACCUUCAAGGAGCAGCAACGGAUGAUCUCAAUCGAUGCCAUAGAUGGGCGACGGUACCUUCCGAAGGCGAAAUACGAGUCUCUCCCUAUACUAAUGGGCCCUGUCAAAUCCCAAAAGUUGUUCGACAUUCAAUAUGGCCAAUCGAUGCCGUUGGGCGAUGCUUGGGGAACUGCUUCUGAAUCUGGGGCUGGAGGACCGACCAUCGACACGUCUCCUAGCAACAUGACCAGGAAUGGCUGGAUAUUAAAUAUCGGUGCGAGGAUACACUGCUUAGAAUGGGUGCCUCAUCAUUCCGGGAAUGAUCAAUACAUACUGGUGUCCGCCUUUCAUACAGCACACGAGCACACGCAGCAGUCUUUCGAGGCCAGCGUUGGGGACUCUCCCGCCAGAGCAUUUGCACCGCAACCACCAUAUUCCUCAUCAUUCCAGAUCUGGCAGGUUCCGUCAUCGUCCAGCCGGGACAACGGCAGAGUUAUGAAUUCAUCUCAACAUCCGCGUCUUAAGAGUGUGUUUUGCUUUGAGUGGGGGACGCCUCGACAGUUGAAGUGGUGUCCAAUGCAGCGAAGCGACUUGGAAAUAGACCCCGACGCCAGCACAGUUGACCUUGGAUUCCUUGCUGGAGUAUGGUCUGAUGGCUGUGUCCGAGUCCUCACAGUCUGCAUCGCGAAAGACCAGGAAACGAUACAGUUCGUGCGUUUGGAGUCCGCGGUUUUUGAAUCUCGACCGCCAGACACCGUCUGCACCUGUGUUGCCUGGCUCUCGCCCAAGUGCUUGGCCGUCGGAUGUGCCAAUGGCUACGUCGCUAUCUGGGAUCUGUCGAAUUACAUCUCUUCACCGUUUCCCCGCCCUGCCGAAUCCGUUAGACCCUUUUUCUACCACCCAGUUCACCAAACAUAUGUUCAGCAUGUGGUAUCGCUUCAUCCGUCCAGGCCGAACCUCCUCGCCAGCGCAUCCAUGUCAGGCUACUAUAUCCUCACCGAUUUGUCGAAAUGCCAAGGUCCAUCGUCUGCCUUUGCAUCUGCGGACCAGGUUACCUCCCAGCGGUCACGGUUCGGACACCACGUUUUUGCAUUUCAGGAUGUCUCGCAAAGCCUGGUGCUUACUGAUGAGAACCAUUUCCUAAAAGCUGUGCCAAUACGACGUGUACAGCAGGAAUACAGAAUGGUGGGCCUCGGCUCGCCGGCUCUGGACUUAGCAACGACGCCAUUACACUUGACCGUACUAUCUGGUUGCGCGGACGGUUUCGCGAUUGGGACGACGAUCUUCGAUCGACUUCAGGAGCCAAAGGCGGGAACUGGAGCAUGGAAGUCGAUGUGGUUCAAGCAUGAGUGGAGGGACGGCCUUCAAACUAAUAAGAAGGGACAAGAUGUUAGAGAGAGGGGAUUGAAUGGCGCUGGCACAAAUGGGAAUGCACACAAAGAUUCUCAAGCAGGAGACAGUCAAAUUCCCCAUCUGGUCCUGGAGGACGAGCAAAGCAAGAGCAAACCGAGUGAGACAACCGCUACGCAAAAAACGUCGAAAGCCUCAAAACCGAAGAAGAAAGGGUUCACUCGUCAAAAUGUCGGACGUCCAGGCGACCCGCUUACCAUCCAAGAAUUACCAGUCCCUAACGAUGGACCAGGAAUGGAUGGGCGAUGGCGAGAGGAACUUCUCAAACGACCCAUGAGUCGGUUUAUCGAAGGGUUCAAACCGGAGAAGACGAAUAUUGUGGCAGGGGAAGGUGUUGGCUUUCUGAACCAAGCGAAUGGCGUCCUCUUCUCUACAAUAUAUGAGGAAGAGACGGCGGUUACGAGAGUAUCCUGGAAUCCGAACUUGAAGUACGGCACGUGGGCCGCUGCAGGAAUGGGUAGCGGGCUCGUAAGGGUGGAAGAUCUCGCAGUUGAUUGA